AUGGCUGAUGAGGGCGCGUCACCCCGCGAGCUGAUCGUGGAAGCCUGCCGAAGGGACCAACCCCACCUAAUUGAGCAAGUCCUGGGCGACAUGGAAAGCAAGACGAAUGAAGAGGUGGCACAAUUCUUCAAUGAAGUGACUGAUUCCAUGGGAAACCAUGCUUUGCACAUCUGUGCCCAAUAUGGCAGCUAUGAGACUAUGGACGCAUUGUUCGACAUCCAGUUCUUUGAAUGUGACCCCCUGACCCGCAUGGACCAAGAUACACCCUUACACACUGCCGUGCGAUACUCCAACGAGAAAGACGCCGAGCUAGGUCUACACAUGAUCAGCAUGAUGUGCGAGGCCGGUUGCGAUCCCCGAGUGCGCAACAAGCAUAGCCAGAAGCCGGCUGAUCUGGUCUACAACAACAACGAAAUUAAGAAGGUCCUUCAGCAGAAUGAGUAUAUCAUGGCUGAGGGGAUUCAAAACACAGGGGGCGCUGAAUCCGACGGCGGUGAGCCCAGUGAUAGCGAUUAG